AUGCCUACCCUUGAGGAAAUAGAUGAUUCAGAUGGAAUCGAUGACUUUGACAUGGACAUUGCUGAGUUUGAUCCAUCUCUCAGCACGCCAAUUGCACCAAAGAUCAAAAAAACAAUAAAACGAGACCAGAACUACUAUGAUCUUCCACUAUUUCCAGAUAUACCACAACGAAGAGAGGUGCCACAACCAAGAGACGUUCCUCAAGUACCCUUGGUGCCAGCUAUGCAAGGAAAAGAUCCCUCAGUACUUGCUGAUAACUAUAGGCAACAACUAUCGGACAAAGAUAUUGAAAGCUUGAAAAAAUUCCAGCUAAUUUAUCCAUGUUAUUUUGAUAUCAAUAGGUCGCAUUCACAAGGGCGAAGAAUGCCAAAGGAAUUCUGUGUUGAAAAUCCUUUAGCUAAAACUAUAGGAGACUAUUUAAAACAAAUAGGGUUUGCAUGUGUGAUUGAACCAGAAAAAACGCAUCCUCAGGAUUUUGGUAAUCCAGGUAGAGUAAGAGUGUUGAUUAGAGAUGCAAAGACAUUGGAAUAUGAAGAUCCAAAAUUUAAGAAUAAGAGAUGGUUAAUGAAGAGUAUUGGAAAAUAUUUAAAGACUCAUCCCACAACAUUAUCAAAGGUUAAGGAAUUUCCAACCAAUCCUGAUUUAAUGACCAAUGAUUAUCAAGUUGAAAAAGUGCCAAAAGUUAAAGGAUGGAAAAUGAAUGACAUUGUUCCAUUACAUAGUAGUUUUACUAUGAAGCAUCCAAUGGCUAAAAGUAUAUAUGAAAAGGAAGCACCUAUUCCACAAUUACCCACUCAAAAAAAGAAAUUUGUUAAAAUUCGUCCAUAA